CUUCAACCACAGGUGAGUGAAAGCAUAAAACAAUGGUGGAGAAGAAAGUUGUCAUCGUAGGAGGUGGUGUUGCUGGUGCCAUCCUCGCAAAAAGUCUACAACAUCAUGCCAACAUCACCCUUAUUGAUCCGAAGGAAUAUUAUGAGAUUCCAUGGGCAUGUUUGAGGGGAUUGGUUGAGCCAUCCUUUGCAGAAAGGACAGUGAUCAACCAUAGAGAAUACUUCACAAAAGGGGACCUUGUUAUAUCCAGUGCCAUCAACAUAUCUGAAACUGAAGUUUUGACUGCAGAUGGCCGUCAGAUUGCUUAUGACUAUCUUGUUAUUGCCACUGGCCACACUGAACCAAUCCCCAAAACCAGGAGUGAAAGACUUGAUCAAUAUAAAGGAGAAAAUACAAAGAUAAAAUCUGCAAGUUCAAUUUUGAUUGUUGGGGGAGGUCCAACUGGUGUUGAGCUUGCGGCAGAGAUUGCUGUUGAUUUUCCUGAUAAGAAGGUCACAAUAGUGCAUAAAGGAUCAAGGUUGCUGGAAUACAUUGGGCCAAAGGCUUCAAGGAAGACUUUGAAGUGGCUUCAAUCAAAGAAAGUUGAUGUGAGACUAGAGCAAUCAGUGGACUUGGACUCCUUCACAGAGGAUAAUAGGACAUAUCAAACUUCACUUGGAGAGACUAUUGAAGCAGAUGCUCAUUUUCUAUGCACAGGGAAACCGCUUGGUUCAACAUGGCUUAGAAAAACUCUUUUAAUGGAUGACUUGGAUGCUGAUGGAAGGAUAAAGGUUGAUGAAUACUUGAGAGUUAAGGGCCGGAGCAACAUUUUUGCAAUUGGAGAUAUUACAGAUGUUCAAGAAAUCAAACAAGGGGUGUAUGCACAAGGUCAUGCUCAAUUGGUUGCCAAGAACCUGAAGCUAUUGAUAGAAGGAGGAGGCAAAGAGCCUAAAUUGGGAAUUUACAAGGCACAACCACCAAUAUCUAUUGUUUCACUUGGAAGAAAACAAGGGGUUGCACAAUUCCCAUUCAUGACAGUCCUUGGAAGGUUUCCUGGCAUGAUCAAGUCAGGAGAUUUGUUUGUGGGCAAAACCAGAAAGGCAUUAGGACUUGAACCUAAAGUUAAAAAAUCUUAA